UUUCGUUCCAUUUCCUAAAAUGGUCACUAAAAUCCACAAACCCUAACGCAAAACCAUCGAGAUCCACUCGCAUACGCACACGAUCUCACCGGCACGGUUUUCUCCCGCUUCUCGGUUCCAAUGGCGGCCCCCAAGAAGCGAAAAGCCGAGCAAGACGCCGGCCGAUCCCUUCCCAAUCAAGACACUGAUACAAAUCUUAAUCACACACCCGUCAAGUACAUCCGCCAGCCCGACGACAACGCCGGCGCUGGACCCUCGGAAUCCGACGAAGAUUACGAAGACGAGGAAGAAGACUUCGGCAAGCUUCUCGAACCUCUUUCUAACGAUCAACUCAUCACCCUCCUUGUUUCCGCCGCAGCUCGAGAUCCUGCCACACUCUCCGAGAUUCAUGCCUUAGCCGACGUCGAUCCUUCUCAUCGCAAGCUCUUUGUACACGGCCUCGACUGGAACACGACAUCCGACGGCCUCAGUGCUGCGUUUUCGCGGUACGGAGAAAUCGUUGAAAGCCGCGUCGUUUUCGACCGCUCUACUGCUCGAUCGAAGGGAUACGGUUUCAUUCUCUUUCGCCACCGAUCGUCUGCUCGCCGUGCGCUCCGCGAACCCCGAAAGCUCAUCGAUACUCGGAUGGCCUCCUGCCAGCUCGCUAGCAACGGUCCGACCACCCCGAACCCUAACACUAGCAAUAACCAUAAUCCCAAUCUCAACCCCAGUCAUGGAGAUAGCCUUAACCGCAAGAUCUACGUCGGCAACGUGCACUCUGACAUCGACGGUCGCCGUCUUCACGCAUUCUUCUCUCAGUACGGAGAGAUCGAGGAAGGGCCGCUUGGAUUUGAUCGCCACACUGGCAAGUCUAAGGGUUUUGCAAUUUUCUUGUAUAAAACGCCUGAAGGAGCAAAAAAGGCUUUGGAGGAGCCUAGUAAGAAUUUUGAGGGACAUCACCUUGUGAUUCAGAAGGCUACCGAUAGUCACAAGGCAAAGAUAUCGGCACCAGUUAGUAACGACGCUGGUGGUUCAGCGGUUAUUGCACCCAAUGUUCCACCUAGCUAUGUUGGCUACAACGGAUCUGUUUAUGGCGGGCAAGUUGCUCAAUCAGACAUGGGAAUGGCCCAGCACGCAGCGCUGCUUGGACAGGGGCUACUUGGGCAGGCUAUGCCCGGAAACGCUGCUGUGCUUGCUAUGUUGGCAGCUGCUGGCCAGAACCAAGCAGCUUUUGGUAUCACUCCGGCAAUGCUUGCUUCCUUAAACCCUGCUCUUGCCAUGGCACUGGCUGCAGGGGCAGCUCCAGCUGCACUUCCACAGGCAGCAGGAGCUAUGUCACAACAACAAGGGACUGUCCCAAUACCGGGAUAUCCAUCUGCGGGUUCUGGGUAUCGGCACAUUGGUUUCCAAGGACCUUCUGCUUUUCAAGGGUCACCAGGAUACCAAAGUGCACCGGGUUUACUUGGGAAUACACCCCAGGUAGGCGCACAUCAUCGUGGAAACACGGGUCACACAGCUGUGCAAAGGUCUUCCAUGGGUUCUAUGAGUGGUUAUGGUCUUCAUUAGAACUCCUUGGACUUGCAUUCUCUUCAGUGAGAAGAUCCGACCCAUGAGUGGCUUGAACUUGUUGUAUUAAAUUUGUCUCAAGCUGGAAUUGGCUGUUGAUUAGAUGUCAAGAACUUAUUCCAGCAACAUUCCAACAAAGUUUACUGGCUUUGCUGAAGAGGGGCGGAAUGGUCAUUUUUCCAUAAACAGCUGCCAAAUAACUUGUUUCAUUAAAACAGCUUCCCUGCAACAGUUUCCUGGGCAGCGCAACUGCAGCUGCGCCAAAUAAACAAUCAGCUUCACUAAAGCUGCUUCCCCGCAACAGUUUCUUAGGCAGCGCAACUGCAGCUGUGCCAAACAGAGCCUGAAUCUUUGCGCACCUAUGUGCAUGUUUGAUCGAAUUCAGAUGUCCACUGGUGUAGAAUAUUCGCAUGUUGUGUCUAAAAUGAGAAACAUAUUAUGCCCGGACCAUCGAAUGUCUGGAAGAUGGCGUGGACCUCACCACGCCGCUUGCGCGAUGGUGUGAUGUGAUCUAUGCUGUCGUCCAUACAUCUGGGCGAUAACUCCCUUGGAUUUGCUUUCUCUUCAGCAAGACGGACCGAACCAUGAGUGGCUUGAACUUGUUGUAUUGAGCUUGUCUCAAGCUGAGAAUUGGCUGUUGGUUGGAUGUUGGGAAUUUAUUUUGGCAACAUUCCAACAAUGCUUACUGGGUACGGUUUUCUGCUGCUCUUGUUUUCAUUACAUUUUUCAUUCUAUCUUGCUCAUACAUCUAUAUCAAAGCAAUUUAUUAAAUUUUAAUCGUGUUAAAGUUUAGUGAAGGCGUGCAGCGUGUUUUUAAAUAUCAGAUGAUGGUUGAUUCUUAAAUUUGUUUGAAAGCCAUUAAGAGAAGAUUGGAAAAUAUGUUGUCUGAUGUGAAUUCAUCAGACUUGAAAUACUUGUUCUGGAUUUGUAUUGCUUGCCACGCCUCAUGGUGUUGUGAGCUCCUUUUUGGAGACUGAACAUCGAUAAAGAAAGGGAGAAAGGAUCACUACUUUUGGGGAAUGAUCGAGUCAUUCAAUGAUUUAAACUCAUUUAUCCUUUAAAAACUCUCUCUCUAUGUUAUGAUCCACCUUUGUAGUAAAAUUGGCCAUCAUUAUGCCCUAAUCCAUUUUGUCAUCGUUGUUUUCAUCAUUCUCUUGAAAGAAUGCUGCUGGCAUAUAUUG